CCGAAGUUAAUUUUGUUUUUCCUCUCUGUUAAUUUUCCUUGCUCUCUUCUCUACUCAGUCCGGCACUGAUAGAUAGGGAGGGCGGACGUGCCUCGUUUCCAAUCCUUCUGUACUCUAAAACCCUAACCUCGACAGAAGGUUUUGCAACCUCCUUCGCCGGAGAUCAGUCGCCGUUAGAUCCCAUUUGUGUGUUUUCAAGUCUUCGCUAGGGUUCAGACUAGACGAAUUCUGUUCUGAAAGGACCUAGAAGAUGUGGAACAGUGGCGGAGGAGGUCCUCCAGGCGGGGAGCAGCAUAUUGCUCCCCCCGGGACCUUUUCCUCAUCUAUGCUUCCGCCGCCGCCAGCUGCUCCGAUGCAGCCUUCUUACACGGUGCUUGCUCCGCAAACACCGCCUACCCCGGCGGAGGCUGAGGCUAAGCUCGAGGAAAAGGCUCGCAAGUGGCAGCAGCUGAACACGAAGCGGUAUAGCGAUAAGAGGAAGUUUGGUUUCGUCGAGACGCAGAAGGAGGACAUGCCGCCGGAGCAUGUCCGCAAAAUUAUUCGGGACCAUGGUGAUAUGUCGUCCAAGAAAUAUAGACAUGAUAAGCGUGUGUAUUUGGGGGCUCUUAAAUUCAUCCCCCAUGCUGUUUACAAGCUCCUUGAGAAUAUGCCAAUGCCUUGGGAGCAGGUUCGGGAUGUCAAGGUUCUUUACCAUAUUACAGGGGCCAUCACUUUCGUGAAUGAAAUUCCGUGGGUUGUUGAACCCAUUUACUUGGCACAGUGGGGUACAAUGUGGAUCAUGAUGCGAAGAGAGAAGAGGGAUAGACGGCAUUUCAAGCGUAUGAGGUUUCCUCCAUUCGAUGACGAAGAGCCUCCUCUGGAUUAUGCUGAUAACUUGUUGGACGUUGAUCCUCUUGAGCCAAUUCAAUUAGAAUUGGAUGACGAGGAAGAUGCAGCAGUUCACACAUGGUUUUAUGAUCAUAAGCCUCUUGUUAAGACAAAGCUCAUUAAUGGUCCAAGUUACAGGAAGUGGCAUCUCUCUCUUCCUAUCAUGGCAACUUUGCACCGGUUGGCAGGGCAACUUCUAUCUGAUCUCAUAGAUCGCAACUAUUUUUAUCUGUUCGAUAUGGAGUCCUUCUUUACAGCAAAAGCUCUGAACAUGUGCAUACCAGGUGGUCCAAAGUUUGAACCCCUGUACCGUGACAUGGAGAAAGGGGAUGAAGAUUGGAACGAGUUCAAUGAUAUCAACAAGCUUAUUAUCCGGUCACCUCUUAGGACCGAGUAUCGAAUAGCAUUUCCACAUCUAUACAAUAACCGGCCCCGGAAAGUAAAACUUUGCAUUUAUCAUACUCCAAUGAUUAUGUUCAUCAAAGCAGAGGACCCUGAUCUACCUGCUUUCUAUUAUGAUCCUCUUAUACAUCCGAUAACAUCUGCCAACAAGGAGAAACGCGAAAAGAAUACUUUUGAGGAAGAUGAUGAUGAGUUCACUUUGCCAGAAGGGGUGGAAGCUCUGCUAGAAGAGACACAGCUCUACACGGAUACCACAGCCGCUGGGAUUUCCUUGUUGUUUGCUCCCAGACCUUUUAAUGUUAGAUCUGGUCGGAUGCGAAGGGCAGAAGAUAUACCUCUUGUUUCUGAGUGGUACAAGGAGCACUGCCCACCAUCAUAUCCAGUGAAGGUACGCGUCAGCUAUCAGAAACUGCUAAAGUGCUUCGUCUUAAACGAGCUUCAUCAUAGACCACCAAAAGCUCAAAAGAAGAAGCAUUUGUUCCGUUCCUUAGCAGCCACCAAGUUCUUCCAAUCUACAGAACUUGACUGGGCAGAAGCAGGUCUUCAAGUCUGCAAGCAGGGAUAUAACAUGCUAAAUCUGUUGAUACACAGGAAGAAUUUGAAUUACCUUCACUUGGACUACAAUUUCAAUUUGAAGCCUGUCAAAACACUUACUACGAAGGAGCGCAAGAAGUCGCGAUUUGGGAAUGCAUUUCAUCUCUGUCGUGAGAUUCUACGUCUAACAAAGCUUGUCGUUGAUGCCAAUAUUCAGUUCCGAUUGGGUAAUGUGGAUGCGUUCCAGCUGGCAGAUGGUCUGCAAUACAUUUUCUCCCAUGUGGGCCAGUUGACUGGGAUGUAUCGUUACAAGUACAGGCUGAUGCGACAGAUACGAAUGUGCAAAGAUUUGAAGCAUUUGAUAUAUUACCGGUUCAACACUGGUCCUGUGGGGAAAGGCCCUGGAUGUGGGUUCUGGGCUCCAAUGUGGCGAGUUUGGCUCUUCUUUCUGCGUGGAAUAGUUCCUCUCCUGGAGCGGUGGUUGGGGAAUCUUCUGGCACGUCAGUUUGAAGGGAGACAUUCAAAGGGGACUGCAAAGACUGUGACGAAACAACGUGUUGAAAGCCACUUUGACCUGGAACUUCGUGCAGCUGUUAUGCACGAUGUUCUGGAUGCAAUGCCUGAGGGUAUCAAACAGAACAAGGCUAGAACUAUUUUGCAGCAUCUCAGUGAAGCUUGGCGAUGCUGGAAAGCAAACAUUCCCUGGAAGGUUCCUGGGUUGCCGGUUCCCAUAGAAAACAUGAUACUCCGUUAUGUGAAGGCAAAAGCUGAUUGGUGGACGAACGUUGCUCAUUACAAUCGUGAACGUAUAAGGAGAGGUGCAACUGUUGAUAAAACAGUAUGUCGGAAGAACCUUGGACGUUUAACUCGCCUUUGGCUCAAGGCAGAACAGGAGCGUCAACAUAAUUAUUUGAAAGAUGGGCCAUAUGUCACCCCGGAAGAAGCUGUUGCCAUCUAUACAACAACUGUGCACUGGCUGGAAUCUCGGAAAUUCUCUCCUAUACCCUUCCCACCACUCUCUUACAAGCAUGACACAAAACUUCUUAUCCUUGCUUUGGAAAGGUUGAAGGAAUCGUACAGUGUAGCUGUGAGGCUAAACCAGUUGCAAAGGGAAGAACUUGGUCUUAUUGAACAAGCAUAUGAUAAUCCACAUGAGGCAUUGUCACGAAUUAAGCGACACCUGCUCACUCAGCGUGCCUUUAAGGAAGUUGGAAUAGAGUUCAUGGAUUUGUACAGUUCCCUGAUUCCGGUCUAUGAGAUUGAACCACUUGAAAAGAUAACUGAUGCAUACCUUGAUCAGUAUCUGUGGUACGAGGGGGACAAGCGUCAUCUCUUCCCGAACUGGAUAAAACCUGCAGAUUCUGAGCCGCCACCGCUGCUUGUCUACAAAUGGUGUCAGGGUAUAAACAAUUUGCAAGGGAUAUGGGACACAAGUGAUGGACAAUGUGUCGUGAUGCUUCAAACUAAGUUUGAGAAGUUCUUUGAGAAAAUUGACCUGACAAUGUUGAAUAGACUUCUACGGUUGGUUCUGGACCACAAUAUUGCAGAUUAUGUCACAGCGAAGAACAAUGUGGUGUUGUCUUACAAAGAUAUGAGCCAUACAAACUCGUAUGGUUUGAUACGUGGUCUUCAGUUCGCUUCAUUUGUUGUGCAAUAUUAUGGUCUUGUGUUAGAUCUUCUGCUGCUUGGUUUGACUCGGGCCAGUGAGAUUGCUGGUCCUCCCCAGAUGCCAAAUGAAUUCAUGACUUACUGGGAUACGAAAGUUGAGACACGACAUCCCAUUAGACUGUACUCCAGAUACAUUGACAAGGUCCAUAUAAUGUUCCGUUUCACUCAUGACGAGGCACGGGAUCUAAUUCAACGGUAUCUUACUGAGCAUCCUGAUCCCAACAAUGAAAAUAUGGUUGGUUACCAGAACAAGAAAUGCUGGCCCAGGGAUGCCAGGAUGAGGCUCAUGAAGCAUGAUGUGAAUCUUGGUCGUAGUGUUUUCUGGGAUAUGAAGAAUCGCCUUCCUAGAAGCAUCACAACCCUGGAAUGGGAAAAUAGCUUCGUCUCUGUGUACAGCAAAGACAAUCCCAACUUGCUUUUCAGCAUGUGUGGGUUUGAAGUGCGCAUACUUCCCAAGAUAAGGAUGACUCAAGAAGCUUUUAGCAACACUAGAGACGGAGUUUGGAACUUGCAGAAUGAGCAGACUAAGGAGAGAACUGCUUGUGCUUUCUUGCGUGUUGAUGAUGAGCAUAUGAAGGUGUUUGAGAAUCGUGUUAGGCAGAUUCUCAUGUCUUCAGGAUCAACUACUUUCACGAAGAUUGUGAACAAGUGGAACACCGCCCUGAUAGGUUUGAUGACGUAUUUCAGGGAGGCAACUGUCCACACACAGGAGCUCUUGGAUCUACUUGUCAAGUGUGAAAAUAAAAUUCAGACCCGAAUAAAGAUCGGUUUGAAUUCUAAAAUGCCUAGCAGGUUUCCUCCUGUGAUCUUUUAUACUCCGAAGGAGAUCGGUGGACUUGGCAUGUUAUCAAUGGGCCAUAUUUUAAUUCCACAAAGUGACCUUCGCUAUAGUCAGCAGACAGAUGUUGGUGUAACCCACUUCAGGAGUGGGAUGAGUCAUGAGGAGGACCAAUUAAUUCCAAAUCUAUAUCGUUACAUCCAGCCUUGGGAGAGUGAGUUCAUUGAUUCCCAACGUGUUUGGGCCGAGUAUGCACUGAAGAGGCAGGAGGCGGCGGCACAAAAUAGGCGAUUGACUCUUGAAGAUCUGGAAGAUUCAUGGGACAGAGGUAUUCCACGUAUAAAUACCCUGUUUCAGAAGGACCGUCACACAUUGGCUUAUGACAAAGGCUGGAGAGUUCGGACAGAUUUCAAGCAAUACCAAGUCCUCAAGCAGAAUCCCUUCUGGUGGACACACCAGAGGCAUGAUGGAAAAUUAUGGAACUUGAACAAUUACCGGACUGAUGUUAUUCAAGCCCUUGGUGGUGUUGAAGGAAUUUUGGAGCACACAUUAUUCAAAGGAACCUACUUCCCUACAUGGGAAGGGCUCUUCUGGGAGAAGGCUUCUGGCUUUGAGGAAUCUAUGAAAUAUAAGAAGUUGACAAAUGCCCAAAGAUCUGGUCUCAACCAAAUUCCUAACCGUAGGUUUACUCUGUGGUGGUCGCCCACCAUAAAUCGAGCCAACGUUUAUGUGGGUUUCCAAGUGCAGUUGGAUCUAACCGGAAUCUUCAUGCAUGGGAAGAUUCCUACUUUGAAGAUUUCACUGAUCCAGAUUUUCCGUGCUCACUUGUGGCAAAAGAUCCAUGAGAGUGUUGUUAUGGAUCUUUGUCAAGUCUUGGAUCAAGAGUUGGAUGCUUUGGAGAUUGAAACUGUACAGAAGGAGACGAUCCAUCCAAGGAAGAGUUACAAGAUGAACAGUUCUUGUGCUGAUAUUCUCCUCUUUGCUGCUCACAGAUGGCCCAUGUCAAAACCGAGUCUGGUAGCUGAAUCCAAAGAUGUCUUUGAUCAGAAAGCAAGUAAUAAAUAUUGGAUUGAUGUGCAGCUUCGAUGGGGAGACUAUGACUCCCAUGAUAUUGAGCGUUACACACGUGCUAAAUUCAUGGAUUAUACGACUGAUAACAUGUCCAUAUAUCCAUCUCCAACUGGUGUCAUGAUUGGACUGGAUCUGGCUUACAAUUUGCAUUCUGCCUUUGGUAACUGGUUCCCUGGGUCCAAGCCACUUUUGGCUCAGGCGAUGAACAAGAUUAUGAAGUCUAACCCGGCUUUAUACGUGCUGAGAGAGAGAAUAAGGAAAGGGUUGCAGUUGUACUCCUCUGAGCCAACAGAACCCUAUCUGUCAUCCCAGAACUAUGGAGAGAUCUUCAGCAAUCAAAUUAUAUGGUUUGUGGAUGACACUAAUGUUUACCGAGUCACCAUCCACAAGACUUUUGAAGGAAAUCUCACUACAAAGCCCAUCAAUGGUGCAAUCUUUAUAUUCAACCCAAGGACUGGCCAACUGUUUCUGAAGGUUAUCCACACUAGUGUAUGGGCAGGACAGAAACGUCUUGGACAGCUUGCCAAAUGGAAGACAGCCGAGGAGGUUGCAGCUCUUGUGCGGUCUCUUCCUGUUGAAGAACAACCAAAGCAGAUCAUCGUCACACGUAAAGGGAUGCUUGACCCACUGGAGGUCCACUUGCUCGAUUUCCCCAACAUUGUCAUAAAGGGGAGUGAACUGCAGCUCCCGUUCCAGGCAUGCCUGAAGAUUGAGAAGUUUGGUGAUCUGAUUCUGAAGGCAACAGAACCUCAAAUGGUGUUGUUCAACUUAUAUGAUGAUUGGCUCAAAAGCAUCUCAUCUUACACUGCAUUCUCCAGACUCAUUUUAAUCCUUCGUGCCCUUCACGUCAAUAAUGAGAAGGCAAAGAUGUUACUGAAGCCAGACAAAACAAUAGUCACUGAGCCCCACCAUAUAUGGCCUUCUCUCAAUGAUGAUCAAUGGAUGAAGGUUGAGGUUGCCUUGAGGGACCUCAUUCUCUCGGAUUAUGCAAAGAAGAAUAAUGUGAAUACCUCUGCUCUCACACAGUCAGAGAUACGUGAUAUUAUUCUUGGUGCUGAGAUUACUCCGCCUUCUCAACAACGUCAACAGAUAGCUGAGAUUGAGAAACAGGCCAAGGAGGCUAGCCAACUGACAGCUGUCACAACAAAGACCACAAAUGUGCACGGUGAUGAACUCAUUGUCACUACCACAAGUCCAUAUGAGCAAGCAGCCUUUGGCUCAAAGACGGACUGGCGUGUUAGAGCUAUUUCAGCUACCAAUCUUUAUCUCAGAGUGAAUCACAUAUACGUGAAUUCAGAGGAUAUUAAGGAAACUGGAUAUACUUACAUCAUGCCCAAAAACAUUUUGAAGAAGUUCAUCUGCAUUGCAGAUCUAAGAACUCAAAUUGCUGGUUAUUUGUACGGUAUAAGUCCCCCAGAUAACCCACAGGUGAAGGAAAUCCGGUGUAUCGCUAUGCCGCCACAGUGGGGAACUCAUCAACAAGUUCAUCUUCCUUCCGCUCUUCCUGACCAUGAUUUCCUUGGGGAUUUGGAGCCGUUGGGAUGGAUGCACACACAGCCAAAUGAGCUCCCUCAGUUAUCCCCUCAGGAUCUGACAAAUCAUGCCCGGAUCCUAGAGAACAACAAGCAGUGGGACGGGGAGAAGUGCAUAAUCUUGACAUGCAGUUUCACUCCUGGGUCCUGCUCGCUAACAGCUUACAAGCUUACACCAAGUGGAUACGAUUGGGGAAGAGUGAACAAGGACACUGGGAGCAACCCUCACGGUUACCUACCGACGCACUACGAGAAGGUGCAGAUGCUGCUGAGUGAUCGGUUCCUCGGAUUCUACAUGGUUCCUGAUAACGGCCCAUGGAACUACAACUUCAUGGGCGUCAAGCACACAACGAGCAUGAAGUACGGGAUAAAGCUUGGGGCGCCAAGGGAGUACUAUCACGAGGAGCACAGGCCAACCCAUUUCUUGGAGUUCAGCAACUUGGAGGAAGGCGAUGCCGUUGAAGGAGACAGGGAGGAUACCUUUACUUAGAGAAAGUGUUAGAAACCUUUUUGUAACCGAAGUUGUCAAACAACAACCGAUAUCCCCACAUCGUGUUGAAAUAUUUUGGGGUUUACCCUAUAUCUCGCUUCCUUGCUUUAUUACUCGAGGGGUAGAGGGGAAAGCUACCAUCAGGUCAGACUGUAGCUAGUUUUGUGACAUUGAGCUGUUGUAGAAAUGAACUGUGUGUGCGAGGGAUGGUAUGACGAACCUGUACAUAUUGAUCUUGCCCUUGAUGAGUAUGAAGUAGGCACCACUAAACCUUUGUAUUGUGCCUAUUUUCUUCUUUCUUCCUAUGU